CGCUGGUUCAUUCAUACGUGAAAGGGCAGUGAUCGAGGAUGGUCUGCUAGUUCAGGUUUAUGGUAAUAAUUAUAGUCUCUUAGACGCGCGGAGUGUUGCAAGUGCAAAAUGUGGAAAAGCUUGUUCAUACUGGCGAUAGGAUGUUUCGUUGCUCUUCGGGCAAAAAGUGUGCCGAAAGAAGCGACGGAAAUUGCGCCAAAGAAACAAUUUUGGAAAAACGGUUACGAGUACUCAACGAUACCGCUAAGCGAGAAUUUCAGUCACGGCAGACGAGUUGGUUGUAAAUGCCCAUCCAAGCAGCGCUAUUCCAGAACGCCAAGAAUAAGAACCAUCAUCCGGAGGAACGAUGUUGCGUUAGAAGAUUCUGAAGAAAUUAUGGAGAGUAUGUUGGAAAGAUAUUUAUUGCAAGUUUUCAUGAGGAAAGGACUUUUGCCGCUGCCGAAAAGUUAUAACCAGAACAAUAAUGCUAGAAGCCACUCCCGUACCCAGAAACAGAUACAACAGCAGCUACCAGCAUUCCAGCACGAAAGAGCCGUAUAUUCCGAUGAGGAAAAUUACAGAAUGUCUCAUAACAGUCGAUUCUACAGUCAGGAACCGGUGCCGGGACAGUUGCUUUAUCCGCCAAUCUCACCGAAAGUUCAUUCCAUGGUGCGGGUUAGUCCGAGUGGACCGACGACCAAUUUGUCCAAGCCACGCUACGUUUCUUCGAUGCUCAUUCCACAUUUUCUAAAUAACACGAUUGCGAAGCCAAACGAAUCAGUACGGAAUAUUCUUCGAAUGAACACGACUGAGGUGGAGAGUAGUUCCGUUCCGCCUAAAAGAGUUAGAUACGGUAAGAAUGCAGGAUACAUUAACAUAGAGAACAUUACUCAAAAAGUUCGUUCGAUAAAUAAAACCAAUGUUUAG